AUGGCCACAUCGGCAGUAUACUAUAGGUUCCGAUCACAGCGUGAGCCACAGCGGCUCACGUUUGAUGGGACAGGCAUCAGUGUGUGGGAGUUGAAGCGAGAGAUCAUCCUCCAAAAUAAAAUGGGCAAGGGCACAGACUUUGAUCUAGCCGUAUAUAAUGCAGAUACUGACGAAGAGUACAAGGACGAUAACUACACGAUUCCGCGAGCGUCACAAGUGAUUGUGCGACGCUUGCCUCCCUCGAAGCCAGGACGCGGGACGGCCCAGCUUUAUGUUGCAGAUAUGCAAAGUACAGCAACAGCCAAUGGCUCCGUACCAAGCACGUCUAUGGCACCGAAUGUACCUUCACAAAGCAUGCCAUACCGUGGGCCCAUGUCGAAGAGAUUUGACGGGCGUGAUGCGCCAUCAUCGUCAACAGCCGCAUCGGCCAUGCCAGCUGCAGCGAUCCAAUCCGCCGCCAUUGACAAUCAUCAGGAUGAAGCCUCAAAGAUUGCUGCCAUGUUCCAAGCAUCCACUGAGCAAUGGGAAGAAACACAGGAACGCAUGUCACACGCAACGUACAGAGAACGGAGUGGUGCACCGCGCCGAGGACCACCUCCGGGCCGAGAUGGUGGUGGCUAUGCCAUGUCGGCGAUAGAGCGGCGACCGCCGCCGCCAGGCUUUAUCUGCUAUCGAUGCGGACAAAAAGGCCAUUGGAUCCAAGACUGCCCAACGAAUGAUAAUCCCGAAUAUGAUAAUCGGCGCUUCAAGCGCACAACAGGGAUUCCCAAGAGCAUGCUUAAAACCGUGGAGCAAUCGACGGCCGAAAAUAUGUCAGGUGUGAUGGUGACGCCGGAUGGAUCCUACGUGAUUGCUACACCCGACUCCAGCUCAUGGCAGCGCAGCCGCGCUCGAUCGCGGCCAUUGUCUAAGACGGACGUGUACCAAUCGGUACCGUCGGAUCCUGCAUUAGCAUGUCCACUGUGCUCUAAGCUAGUGCGCGAUGCCGUGAAGACGUCAUGCUGCCACACGUCCUUUUGUGAGGAGUGCGUGCAGACGCAUCUGUUUGAGCAUGACUUUGUGUGUCCUGAGUGUGAAAAGCGUAUUCCUGACAUUGAGAUGCUGAAGAUUGACGAUGUCUUGCGAAAGCUCGUGCGUGAGUAUGUGGAAAAGACGAUUGCUCGCAGUGAAGAGGCGUUCGAGCAAGGCACAGGUGUUGAUGAAGAAGCUGCGCAGCAGGCGGCCGUCUCGGAGUUUGCUGCUGCUGGUUCGGUGUCGGACAGCAAAGACAGGGCGUCAAGUGGGAGGGAUCCGGCCGUGAGCAAGGACGUCGCGUCGAAUUCAACAGCGACCGCUGAUCAUGGCACGUCAGCCAAGGCUGCCGAGCCAGAAUCGGGCUCUACACCGACGGUUGCACCUUUGGCGGCCAUCGCAGAUGAUGCCAGUGCUACGGCCAAGGGGUCAAUGCCCAUGCUAGGCGCGGGUCCAAGUGUUGGUCCUGGCUCCGGCGACGGCGCACCGACCUUUCAUCCACAAACUGUACAGCAAAUUGUCAUGAUGCUGCAAAACCCGCAGCUGCCGAUGCCGAUGCGAAUGCAACUGCAAAUGCAACUGCAGUUCCAACAAAUGUUGUUUUUCCAAACGUUUUCGUCUGGCGCGCCGACCGGGAUGCCGCCCGGGAUGCCGCCUGGAAUGCCGCCUGGAAUGCCGCCUGGAAUGCCGCCUGGAGUGCUACCUGGAAUGCCUCUUGGGAUGCCACCCGGCAUGCCCCCAGGUGACUUGUCUGGGCAGGACGCCGCCAAGCGUCCUCACGCAGAGGGCGAGAGCUCUGGUCGGAAAGAAAAGCAGGCCAGGUACACCUAA